ACGUGAGGGAGUGUCAACGCCUACAGACUAGACUGAACUCUGUGGCGUUGUUAUAAAACCCGAUCUGACCCUCUAGGCAGCGCAGAAAAGCAACACUGAAUGCGCAAAAAUCAAUUUGCCUGGAUUUAAGAUGAACAAACUUCUCGUGAUUUUGGUAGCGCUUGUCGCGCUUCUGAGCCUCGUACAAAAUGCUCCUGUCGGUCGCCAGCGAGGAAAAAACAAAAAUAAGUUUAAAAAGGCUGGAAAGGCGGCAAAAUUCUUACUCAAGUUCGGCUACCUCGACAUUUUAAAAGAACAGGACAGCGCCGGUGCAAACGACCCAAGUUCACCCGCGUUCAAGAAUGCAGUCAAGAGACUCCAGAGAUUUGGAAAUAUUCCGGUGACAGGACUUAUUGACAGCAAAACUCUAGAGUUAAUCAGCAAAUCAAGAUGCGGCGUAAAGGACCCUAGCAUGCCAUCUUCAAGGAGAAAACGAAGCGUCGGAGAAUUUAACUUGCAGGGAACCAAGUGGGAGAAAUUGGAUCUAACUUACAAGAUUAUUAACUAUACCAAUGACGGUAUUACACGAGAUGAACAACAACAGAUCUUCCGCAGCGCGUUGAACUUGUGGCAGUCGGCAUCCAGGUUACGAUUCACAGAAGUUAACUCGGAUGAUGCAGAUAUUCUUGUGAGCUUUGUCACGAAGACUCACGGAGACGGAUAUCCAUUUGAUGGGAAAGGGGGGACACUAGCACAUGCGUUCUACCCUCACAACAACGAAGGCCUCUCCGGUGACGCUCAUUUUGAUGACGAUGAAAGAUUUACAACAAGAACGAGAGACGGUAUCAAUUUGGACUGGGUGGCGGUUCACGAGUUUGGACACAGUUUGGGUCUGGAACAUUCCAGCGUGUUAGAAUCCAUCAUGUACCCUUGGUACAGGGGAUAUGUCCCGGAUAUAAAGUUGAACGAUGAUGAUGUCAAGGGAAUACAGGAGCUUUAUGGCGAACUUUCAACGAUUACCACUGAAACACCAACCACCACAGAACCACCAACUACCACAGAACCACCAACAACGACAGAACUACUAACUACCACAGAAACACAAACUACUACAGAUCCACCAACUACCACAGAAUCACCAUCAUCUACGGAACCGCCAAUUACCACGGGGCAACCAAGUACCACAGAACUACCAACUACUGACCUGACGACAGUGUUACCUGCAACAACAACAAUUGCACCAAACACAACUGACACACCUUCCACUAAGGUGAACCCCUCGGGUCAUCCCGCGUGCUCCCCAGGAACUCGAUACGACGCUGUGUUCGUAGACGAUUUCACGUACUUCUUCAAAGGAGAUCAGUUUUGGACGGUUAACAAUGUUCUACAAAAAAGCGAACCCAAACAAGUGAGAGAUUAUUGGCCUGACGUUCCAACCCCAGUGGACGCUGCCUACUGUAACAAAGCAGGUCAUGUUAUGUUUUUCAAAAGCAAAACUUUCUGGGAAUACGAUGGCAGACGCCUAUUAAAGAGUGGAUCCGUUCAGGAUCGGUAUGGUUUCCGACGCUUCGGUAAAGUGAACGCAGUCGUCACCUUCCAGGGAGAUCACAUGACCUACUUUCUCAAAGGCACAAAGUACUGGCGCUACAAUGAGGCUACCGGGAAAGCAGCCAGCCGUGACCCAAGACGGAUUCGUGGAGCUUGGCGAGCUGUAAAAAAUCUUGACGCAGCGACAACAUGGAUCAACAAGAAGGUUUACGUCUUCAAGGGAGUGUAUUAUUACAAGCUGAAAAGCAUCAAGAAUGGAAAUAUUUCCGUGGACAGGCGGUACCCCCAGCGUAUUGCUAGAAGGUGGAUGCGCUGCCCGAAGCAAGGGAAAGACCGUGAGAUGUCCAUCGGAAGCCUUGAGUCUGAACCCUAGACUGGAGGAUCUAUAAUGACUGGCUACAAGUCCAUCUUCAGCAAGCCCGCUGGUUGAUUAGCUGAUAGAGCGGUUUUCACCUGAGUGUCAAAAAUAAUUCGCAUUUGCUAUAGUUUUGCAUUGCCACGCUAAGCGACUGGCGUAUAAAAAUAGCGUCAAUUUGUCAUUUAAUCAGAAGUAAAGCCAAAAGCAAUCGUGAGUCGCUAGCGCUCCCACACGUUUUCCCGCGCUUUGCGUCAGCUGUAUUUGCUUUGGGUUUUGAUGGGCUUACUGGAUCGUCUUUGUUUAUUUUGAUUGGCAAGAGUGACAACUUUAGUUUUGGUUUUACGACAUUCAAAUGAAAACUGCUCUUAGUUGUUCUAGAGUUGGAAUCAUUUUAUUUUACCAGGCGAAUUAUACAGCGUCAAAAUAAAUCAUAGCCAGUGUUUUUUAUAUUUUCCCCACUUCCCUUAAAAUAAAGGCCGCGGUGGCCCUAUGCCGUGAGCUUGCUGGACACUGAAUUGAAAGAUCCAAAUCCUUACCGCGUUCAUUGCGUCGGGACAUUUCACUCUCGCGGUACCUGUCUCCAACCAUAGAUGUGGAAAUGAGUUCCCGCGAAUUUAAUGCUAUAGAAAUUUCGGAAGAAGCUCCAUCAGCUCUGGCACGUAGCCCGACACAGACUGUUUUUGUAAUCUCUUCUUUAUUUGACUACCCUGUUUUUUUUUCCUAUAUACUUUGAUGACAUGGAGUCAUCGAAACUUUUUCUGAUUUGUUAUCGCGGACUUCCAUUUCCAAAUGCUUGAAGUGAACAGGAAAAAGACUUUUUAGUUAGUUUAUAAUAAUAAUAAUACGAAUAAUAAUAAUAAUAAUAAUAAUAAUAAUAAUAA